AUGUCGGCGUCAGGAUCCGGAGCACCCAACCCUGCGUCGGAGCCUACCAGCGCUCUGAAGAAGGCCUUCCCUCACGUCGAUCUGCAGGGCAAUGACCUUCCGCCCUCGCCUGCGCCAUCCAGCCCGCACGCCGGUCGCCGAUAUGCUAUUGCCACCGAGCUGGUCCUUACCGAGGGGACUGAUCAGUACAAUGCUAGCAGUGUGCCAAUCUACCAGAGCGCAACCUUCAAACAAACCUCCGGCGCUGGAGGCGGCGAGUAUGACUACACCCGCUCGGGCAAUCCCACCCGCACACACCUCGAGCGACACCUCGCCAAGAUCAUGUCCGCGCAGCGCGCGCUGGUUGUCUCUUCCGGAAUGGCUGCCCUCGACGUGAUCUCGCGGCUUCUCCGGCCAGGCGACGAGGUGGUCACCGGCGACGACCUGUACGGUGGCUCGAACCGGUUGCUGAAGUACCUUUCAACAAACGGCGGGAUCAUCGUGCACCACGUCGACACGACAAACCCCGAAAAAGUGGUCCAAGUGCUCAGCCCCAAAACAGCCAUGGUGCUCCUGGAAACGCCCACGAACCCACUCAUCAAGAUCGUGGACAUCGGCAAGAUCGCAGCCGCUGCACAUGAAGCAAACCCCACCUGCCUCGUCUCCGUCGACAACACCAUGAUGUCCCCCUCCUCCUCAACCCACUCGAACUGGGCGCCGACAUCGUCUACGAAAGUGGCACGAAUCAACGACGUCGCCCUCGGCGAACGGUUGUAUUUUACCAUCAACGCAUCUGGCUGCGGUCUCUCGCCCUUCGACUCCUGGCUACUCAUGCGCGGCGUGAAAACCCUUAAGGUGCGCAUGGAGCAGCAGCAAAGCAACGCGCACCGCAUCGCCGAGUUCCUCGAGACCCACGGCUUCAAGGUCCGCUACCCGGGCCUGCGCUCGCACCCGCAGUACGAGCUGCAUAACUCCAUGGCGCGCGGCGCGGGUGCGGUGCUCUCGUUCGAAACGGGUGAUGCGGCUGUGAGCGAGCGCAUUGUUGAGAGUGCCAAGAUCUGGGCUAUUUCUGUUAGCUUUGGCUGUGUUAAUAGUCUCAUUAGCAUGCCCUGUCAGAUGAGCCAUGCGAGUAUUGAUGCGAAGACUAGGGCGGAGCGCGCGAUGCCGGAGGAUCUGAUUCGGUUGUGUGUUGGUAUUGAGGAUGUGGAUGAUUUGAUUGAUGAUUUGCAACGAGCGCUCGUCCAGGCCGGCGCGGUCAAUGUCACGCUGGAUGGCAUUGAGGCGCACCCCAGAUCGUAG